GUAGAUUAGUAAAAGAAGGAAAGAUUGUUUCUAUUGAAGAAAUAUAUUUACACUCAUUACCAAUAAAAGAAUAUCAAAUAAUAGAUUAUUUCUUUCAACCUAAUGAAUGUUCUCAUCCAUUAAAAGAUGAUGUUGUAAAAAUAAUGCCAGUACAAAAACAAACAAGAGCUGGUCAAAGAACAAGGUUUAAAGCUUUUGUUGCUAUAGGUGAUGGUAAUGGUCAUUGUGGUUUGGGUGUGAAAUGUGCAAAAGAAGUUGCUACAGCUAUAAGAGGAGCUAUAAUUUCAGCAAAACUUUCUUUGAUACCUGUAAGAAGAGGUUAUUGGGGUAAUAAAAUUGGAGACCCACAUACUGUUCCUAUGAAAGUAUCUGGAAAAUGUGGUAGUGUUCGUAUUCGUUUAGUACCAGCUCCAAGAGGUACUCAAAUUGUAGGAGCUCCAACAACUAAAAAGAUGUUGAAUUUUGCUGGUAUAAAGGAUUGCUUCUCAUCAUCUUGUGGAAAAACCAAAACUAAAGGAAACUUCUUGAGAGCAAUUUUCAACGCUUUGAGUAAAACAUACGGUUAUUUAACACCUGACUUAUGGAAAGUUACAAACUUUGAUAAAUCACCAUAUGAAGAAUGGUCAGACUUUCUUGAAACCUAUCAAAAUUUAAAAGGAAUAAAGACAACCGUUUAA